GCCCAUUCGCUGAAAAGGCUUCCUUCUUCAUCCUUCGUCAUCCUCUCCCAGCAAAUCCUCCCCUUCCUCGGCACGCGGCCGGCCAUGCUUGGUCUUCGAGCCCGCGCGGCGGCGCAGCUCCCGUGCCCUUUGCCGUCUCCCUCCUCGGCUCCCACGGCCUCGCUCGCGAGGUCCGCGCGCCUUUCCCCCCUCGCCCUCGCGCCUCUGGCGUCUGCACCGCCGCCGCCGAGGACUCCGCGGCUCCCCCUCUCCGCCAGGUGGGGCCUGCACAUGCGUCCCGGGGGCGCCAGCAGAUACUCCAGGCCGACUACCAAGGUUUUUUGCACUGCUGCCAGUAGCCCUCCGAGAGAGGGGAAGGAGUUGCUAGUUCAGCAUCUGCUUGUUGGUGAAAAGGAUGUCAGGCUUCUGGUUGAUCUUGAAAAGAGCAUCAUCGCAGGAGGGGUGGACUUGAGUGAUUUAGCUGUGGUGCAUUCCUUGUGUCCAUCAAAAGAAAAUGGUGGUAUGCUUGGGUGGGUUCGAAGGGGACAGAUGGUACCAGAAUUUGAGGAAGCAGCAUUUGGUGCUCCUUUGAACAAAGUUGUACGGUGUAAAACAAAAUUUGGAUGGCAUUUAUUGCAAGUUCUCGCUGAGAGGGAUCAAUGCGUACUGCAAGACAUUGAACCAGAAGAGCUUCACACAAAAAUGCAAGAUCCUAGUUUUAUUGAAGAAGCUCAAUUGAUCGAUGUUCGGGAGCCUAAUGAAGUGGCUAAAGCUUCCCUCCCAGGCUUCAAAGUUCUACCGCUCCGCCAAUUCGGGACCUGGGGACCAGUUAUGACAGAUGAAUUUAAUCCUCAGAAGGACACUUAUGUUCUGUGCCACCACGGCAUGCGCUCAAUGCAGGUUGCUAAAUGGCUGCAGUCUCAGGGUUUCAGAAAAGUUUAUAAUGUCGCGGGUGGAAUUCACGCCUAUGCCGUUAAAGCCGACUCCUCCGUCUCAACUUACUAGCAGAGAUCUUCAUCCGUCGCCGGAGACUGUCAUAUCAAACCAAAAGCAUGCUCCGUUUGGCAAUGGUUUUGACCGAUGCCAGAAUUUAGAUCUCAAUUCUUUUUCUGGCACUGCGACAUGCAUUAGAAUUUAGAACCCCUUUGGAGGAAAUGUACACGGCUAUUUUUCUUCUUCUUCUGAGAGUAGAUAAAUAAUACAUGAGAAAUUGCCUUUUGGA